CGAGCCCUCACCGGCAGCCCGCAACCUGCGCGGAAGGGCCGCCCGGGGCUGGCCGGGGGCUCGGCCGGGCAGAGCCUGGAGCUGAAGGACAUCUUCAUUGCGGUGAAGACCACGAGGAAGUACCACAGAAGCCGGCUGGACUUGCUCCUCCAAACCUGGAUCUCCCGGGCGAGGGGACAGACGUUUAUAUUCACAGACUGGGAAGAUCGGGAGCUGCGCCUGAAAGCAGGGGAUCAUUUGAUCAACACCAACUGUUCUGCUGUCCAUACCCGACAAGCUCUCUGCUGCAAGAUGUCUGUGGAAUAUGAUAAAUUCCUGGAAUCUGGGCAAAAAUGGUUUUGCCAUGUGGAUGAUGACAACUAUGUGAACCCUCGGACUCUCCUGCGUCUCUUGUCCGCCUUCUCCCACAGCCAGGAUGUCUACGUAGGGCGACCGAGUCUGGAUCAUCCCAUCGAAGCAGCUGACCAUGCUCAAAGUGAUGGAUCAAAGACAACUGUGAAAUUCUGGUUUGCCACAGGUGGAGCAGGGUUCUGUAUCAGCAGAGGUCUUGCCCUGAAGAUGAGUCCCUGGGCCAGCCUGGGUAAUUUCAUCAGCACCGCAGAACGGGUGCGUCUCCCUGAUGACUGCACCAUUGGCUACAUCAUCGAGGGGCUGCUGGAGGUGAAGCUGCUGCACAGCCCAUUGUUCCAUUCCCACCUGGAAAACCUGCAGAGACUACAAGGCGAGUCUGUGCUGCAGCAGGUAACUCUAAGUUAUGGGGAUCCUGAGAACAAACACAAUGUUGUGAGUGUGGGAGGAGCAUUUGGUCUUCAGCAAGAUCCAACCCGAUUUAAAUCUGUCCAUUGUCUGCUCUAUCCAGACACUAUCUGGUGCCCUGCUAAGAAGAUGUCAUAAUCCUUGACCAGUCGUUGACAUCUGUAUCUUACCUAGUUUGCAUAAGACACAAGUUGUGGACUUCUUUGGUUGUUUUUUUCUUCUUCUGGGAGAUCACCAGAGUUAUCUACAAAGGAGGCAGACAGACUCAUUUACAAAAGCAAGAAGGUAUGGUUUGUUC